AGCUCCACGGGAUAACACGACCAACUCGCUGUGAGCAUUCUGUCGACAUCAAAUUAACCAAUUGUUUAUCAGGAACAGUAUUUAAUAGCAGUGAUAGUUUUCAUUCAUAGUGUACAGUGACCAGUACGCCAAUAGUGUCUAAGAACUGACCGGCUUCCUAUCAACCUACCAACUUUGAACCCGGUUUCUCUAACCAUAUUGUGUCACAAUCAGAGUCAAGCAUAAAUCAGAAGCAUGAGGGACGAGCGCGCCGGGCCGCCGCGUGUUCGCAUCGCCGUCAUCGGGAGCUCUCGCGUCGGAAAGUCAGCUUUGAUCGUCCGAUAUCUAACAAGGAGAUACAUUGGAGAAUAUCAUUCAAAUACAGAUCUCCUAUACAAACAGACAGUCCCAAUUAAUGGAAUGCCAGUCGAAUUGGAGGUCAUUGACGUCUCCGGGUCCAACACUGAUAAAUUUCCAGCGGAACAGAUACAAUGGGCUGACGCGUGUCUCUUAGUUUACUCCGUAACAGACAGAAGCAGUUUUGAAUACGCUACAGAAGUUUUGAACACAUUAAAAAAGAACCCGCCCCAAGGCAGUCCCGCGCACGGGUCAACCUCUGCAACCAUGCCUCUCGCACUUCUCGGGAACAAGACUGACUUGGAUCACUUAAGACAGGUGCCAACAAAGGAGGGUCAGGCGAUGAGCCAGGCGCACGGCGCGUCGUUUAGUGAGGCGAGCGUGGCCGACAACUCAGGCGACCUCUAUCGAUGCGUCGACCGCCUGCUCGCCGACGUGCGCCUGCCCCAGCGCACCAGGAAAUUCUCAGUCACCAAGAUGCUCGGCUCGCUAAUAGGAACUACGACGAACUCCAGCGGCACGAGUCGCAGCGGGUCUGUUGUGGCGUGUCCACGAGUGCCGGCGCCCUCGCGACCUCCUCUGGCCGCCGCCGCGCCCUGACCGCGCUGAUGCCUAGCCGGCGCCUGGCUGGCCUGCCUCCCAGUGCCCUCGAGGUUCACCUCCCCCACACCACUAUCAGCGGGAAUUUAAACAAACUUUUGGUGAAGAAAAGACGAAGUGAGACACCAGUUUAUUGGCUAAAUUAUGGAUUAGUAAACGUGAUAACAGGCAUAUUGGUAUCUUUUCUAGAAAUAUCGAUGUGAUAAAUAUUUAAUCGUGCCGUAUUUCUACAGACACUGGUGUAUGGAUAAUUCAACUCAUUUUGGCGCCCAAUAUGAUAUUGUGCGUUAUGUGCGUCUGAUACAGAGAGUGCUUACUUUUACGCGCCAAGUAGAGUUGAAUUAUCUAUGAAAUGAUUUUAUAGGAAACAAAAGAUGAUAUGAAAUGCAUACUAUAAGUGAACGUGACAAGGUAAUGUUAGUGGUAUAUGGGAAGGAGACGAGGGCUUUUGUUUACCAACAACAAUUUGGUAACUAGACAUUAAGAUAUGAACUCUAAGUGUCGGUGCAGUUAGUGCUUUAUUGUGUAUCGCUUCUAUUGGAUUAUAAAUGUGAAUG